AUGGAUGAGAACUUUGGUGCCCCGUAUUCCGAAUAUUCAAAUCUGGAAAAUGAACUCAAUUACGGCUGGGCUAUGCCUGAAUACCCGCAGCUUUACCCCGUCGAACUCACUGAAGUUGUCCAUCGUCGUGAUAUCCGUGAUAAUUCUCUAUUCAAGACCGACCGCGUGAAUCCCAAGGUGGCCAUCCCCCGAAACUCACAACCCAGUAGUUGGACUAGCAGUGGUCGAGUCAGUCAGGCUUGCGAAAUUUGCCGUGAACAAAAAGCCAAAUGUAGUGGCCAUCGCCCAGCCUGUCAUCGGUGCCUGGAUUCCGGUGUCCAGUGCUCGUAUGGCGACCGAAAAAAGGAGAAGCUGGCAAAGCAGCUGAACCAUCUAACUACACGUGUUGAAACCUAUGAUGCUCUACUUCGCGAUAUUUAUCCCAAACUUGACGUCUCGUCGGCCCAGCAGGUCGAUCAAACGCUGAGGGAGCUAAAUGCACGCACUCCACUCACUCAAGUCAUUACCCCUACCCAGACCCCUGCCCCAUUCAUCCAUCCAUCAGAUCCAAUCAAUCAUUCGGUUCUUUCUCCUGCAUAUCCAGGUAUAUCUAUCUCCUCGGGGAAUGUAGACUAUACCGAAGAGGACUUCAACGGAGAUGAGAAAGUACAGACAACGGGAUUUGUGGGCGAGCACUCGGAGAUGGCAUGGUUGUACAGACUCAAACGCACUCUCGAUCAUAACACUUUGAAAGUAACCAAAGAGAACCCCACACGCCCUUCGAUCUCUUCAGUGAACUACUUCCAAGAUGACUCGGAAAUUCUGAUUCUUGACGAUAUCGACCUCGCAUACCGGCCUCCGCAACAAAUCGCCAAUAAGCUCGUUGACACCUACUUUCACGUCGUUCAUCCUACCUUCCCGGUCAUUGGCAAGGCAAUAUUUUUGAAUCAAUAUCGAUCCUUCUAUGCGAAUCCGAACGUGAGACCUGGGAAACGUUGGAUUAUAGUGCUAAACCUGGUGUUUGCCAUUGCUACCAGACAUUCCUCUCUCCUCGAUCAGCCUCUGACAAAUUGCGAUACCCAUCGGAAUUAUCUUGCACGCGGGUGGAGGCUGAAUGUAGGUAAUGUGUUGCUAAAUCAUCCCGACUUGCAACAGGUACAGGUGGAGGUCUUGGCUGCUUUUUACCUCCUCUCGGUUGGCCAAAUAAACAGGUCAUGGAGACUCAUUGGAAUUGCGGUUCGAUCGGCGGUGACUAUGGGUCUGAAUAUUCGAAGCGAGAGCGAGACCAUAACAUACCGUUCGAAGGAACUUCGAUAUAGGGCCUGGUGGGCGCUUUUUAUGUUGGAUAUUGUGCUAUGUGAGAUUACAGGCCGUCCACCUAGUACUGGCGGCAGUUUUUGCUCCACUCCCUUCCCUGUUCCCUUCUCAGAAAGCGAUUUUGGGAAUACCCGUGUUGUGCAACUUAUCACCGACCAAAGGACUCGAAGUGCCUUUUUUACCUCUCUGAUUUCCCAUGCCACCGAGGCUUCAUCAAUAGAGAGUAUGACUCUGAGCACCCCAGGGAAGCAAGGGUUGGGCAAUGGAAAUCGAGACGAAAGGGCCAAUCAGAUGGGGACAGAGGAUGUGACACCCAACUCCUCUCUGUACUUUCUGUAUGCAGUGGAUUUAGCUCAUGUCCUACGGGAGGCUAUUGAUGUUCUGUAUGCUCCCAGAGCAAUGCAACAGUUAUGGCACGAGAUCGAAAUUGCCAUUUCCACUCUAAACGACCAUGCUGAUAACUGGUUGUCUCGUCUCCCGGCGGAGUUUGAUUUUAGAACGUCAGAAACAACUCAUCAAUUUAUACAGCAUCGUGCCAGUCUGGCUUUCCGAUUCUACGCCACCAAGCUGAUCAUCUUGCAGCCCUGUAUCCGCCGUCUAUCCCAGUCAUCUGAAGCAAGCUCACCGGGAACGGUGUGUGACCAUAUGGCAGCCUUGUGCGUUCAGAUGGCAGAUCAAAUGCUAGAACUGCUGCCCGAGGAGCCAGACUUGACUUGGCUGUAUGGCAUCGCUCCAUGGUGGUGCAUCCUGCACAACAUCAUGCAGUCGACUACCAUCCUCCUCACAGAGCUCUUCACGCGCACUCAUACAGGCACCACCAAGGCUGUACAUAUUACCGAGAAGAUCAAGAAAGCAAUUCGCUGGUUAAAAGUAAUGUCGACCAAAGACCUUUCCUCGCAGCGAGCCUGGCUUAUCUGCAUGGAGCUUCUUUCACGGCAUGGCUCAAAGUUUGGGUUCGGUGUCAACACCGAGCUCUAG